AUGUCACUUUGCAAGUCACUUCACAGUCAUGAUGCGAGGUAGCUUUUCAUUCUCCAGGGAGAAUUUUCACUAAACACCGGGCGGACGUUUGAUAAUUUAAAUUCGAAAAUGAUCCGAAUCAACAACACCCAAUACUUCCACUUCCUGCAGCAGGCAGAUGCCUUACGUCGCUCAGGGUCGCUCUGUGAUGCCAUCAUCUCGGUGAAAAGUCAAACUUUCAGGGCUCAUCGGCUGGUACUGGCUUGUGCUAGCAGAAGACUUGCGCAGCAGCUAGCCCAGGCAGACAUAGACAGCCCAGUCCACUGCACUCUGGAGUAUUUAUCACCCCACACCUUCCAGCAAGUUCUGGACUUCACCUACACACAGACUCUUGAGGUGUCUGUGCAUGACCUGCACCUGCUGCUUACAGCUGCUCAGUUGCUGGAGAUGCAGCCGCUGGAGGACCAGUGCAGGAAGCAGCUGGGCAAUCUCCACUACAGAGCCAGAGAGGAGGGCAAAACGAGAGAAAUCAUAUGUGUCAAAGACGAAAAAGAAGAAAGUGCCGAGAACGAUCAAAAGCAAAAGGAAAGUCCAGUUCAAGAGGAGAAACUAAAAGAGAAGCCUUCCCCAGUGGAGGAGGCAAGCAACUGCAUUGUCAUGGAAAACCUCUCGCCCUCUGAUCCUGAUGAGAAGUCCAACAGUCAGCCAUCCCCAAGAAAGAAGCCCAAACUCUCCCCUGUGUCAGCAACAUCCCAUAACAGAGACAGUGUUUUCACCAGGCCUGCCAGCAGCAGUUCCUCUUUCUCUUCUCCCUGGACAAACAUGUGGAGCUCUGUGAACACCCUGAGGCGGUUAGCGAACUAUUCAAGCUUAAUUGCAACUCACCCCCUUCAGUCCCCAAACCAAUCCUCUGUAGCAUACCCAUUCUCCCUCUCCACCCCCCACGUGUUCCCUCUUCUCGGCUCUCAUUUUCAAACCCCUGUUCACAGCUCUGUAAUGGGCUACUCAGGCUUUUAUCCACAUUACACACAAACGCUUCACGCCAGGUCUACAGGGAUGAGGAACAUAAUCAAGCAAGGCCUGUUAAAAAGAAAAAAAAACAGCCAGAGAGCAUUUACUGGGACCGUUCAAACCAGUGAGCAGAGUUACCAUGAGGUACCCAAAGCCAGCAAAGAGAAAGUUAAAGACUGCAAACACUGCAGUACAAGCCUCCGUGUUGAUCCAGUGCUGCGGGAGUCAGCCUCCACAUUACCAGGUGAUGCCUGUGCAGGGUGUCGAUUCUGUGAAAGAGGAGAUGUAGUUCAGCGUGAACCACAGUCCAAUCGACCAGACCACAGAAGUGAAAAACCCUACCAGUGCCAACACUGUCCCAAGAAAUUUAGUCUGAAACAUCAACUCGACACACACAUCCGCGUUCACACUGGAGAGAAACCUUUCGAGUGUCGUCUCUGCGGGCAGCGUUCACGGGACUACUCAGCCAUGAUCAAGCACCUGCGCACUCACGGCGGGGCCACGCCCUACCAGUGCACAGUGUGCCUGGAGUUCUGCAAUAGCCUGGCUGCCAUGCAGAGACACGUCAAGAGCCACGCGGUGCAGGACUUCCCUCCUGACUGGAGCAUCAACAACACCUAUCUGUACAACUCACACAUGUGAGCCUCACAGCACAGACUCCUCUGUCUACACAAAGUUCUCACAAGUGUCGCUUCAGUUUGUGCCUCUCAUGUACCACCAAUAGGCCUACAUCUCAGUCACAGAGAUUAUCAUGUGUUUUUCUGAAGAAUACAUCCCCGAUGAUGUUUAUAAAAAACAAGAAGGUCCUUUAACAACACUUAACACUCUCAAUGUUACAACAAUAUUUGGAUCAACGACGGUUCAUAUCCAGGAUAAUCCCCGGAUUUUCCGCAAGAUGUCCCUCACCUUCCGUUCUUUGUGUUGCCAUUCUUAAACUCUGUUUCAGUUUCAGAACCUCCAAGCAGACAAGCUACACGCUGAAAAUGGCAAGUUUUGAAGAAAAAUGGCAUCGUGCAACAAGGCAGGCCUGCUUGGCUCUUUCAGGGAAUGAUUGUAAAAAUUUACAAAGAAUAUGUUAAGGGAAUUUACUAUCUAAUUAAGACGUUUUGGGACGGAUUGGUGGGGAUUUGUUAUGGACAAAAUACGCUGGUAAGAGCAAAUUAAGUUUAACCACGUAUCCAGCUAAUUUAAAUAGCUCACUGGUCUCAGGUCUACUGUGUUGUGCGAACCGUUAACUUAGAUUUAAUAUUGUAUGUGGCGUUUUCUUUUGUGGGGUGCAAAUGUUUCACCAAAACAAGUUCCUUCC